AUGGCCAACAUGUCGAACCUCUACCGGGAUCCUCGAUCCACCAUCACCACUCACCAUGACACCUACCCCUACAUCUCCCCCUCCAAGUUCACCGGAUCCCUAAACGGCAAAGUCGUCCUCCUCACGGGCGCCGGUCGAGGCAUCGGCCGAGCCUCCGCCCUCGCCUUCGCCGCCGCCGGCGCGAACGUGGCCUGCGUCUCCCGCACCCAUCCCGACACCCUCUCCCUCGUCCACGAGAUCUCACAGAAGGGCCACCCGCGCGCCAUUGCGAUCGCGGCGGACGUCGCGGACGCGGACGCGCCGGGGAGGGCGGUGGGGGAGGUGCAGGGGGAGCUGGGGCCCGUGGAUGUGUUGGUCAACAAUGCGGGGAUUUCGAGGAUCAGCGACGUGGAGCAUGAGCAUGGGAUGGGGGCCGCGAUGGAGGUUGUGGAGGUGAAUGUGAGGGGGGCGUUGAACUUCAUUCACGCGGUGGUGCCGAGUAUGGUUGAACGAAAGAGCGGGGUCAUCAUUAACGUCGUCUCCGUCCUGGCAACUAUCUCCCUGCCCUACUCCUCAGCCUACAGUGCCGCCAAGGCAGCCCUCGUUCGAUCUACUCAUAUCAUGGACCUUGAAUUUCGGCCCCAUGGCAUCUACUCCUACGCUGUGCACCCAUGUAUGAGUAAAGAUACAACGUUGGGCGAAGGGGCGCUGAAUUCGGAGGCUCAUGAGAAGGUGGAGGGGGUAAAGAGAUUCAUGGAGGAUUUCGUACCCAGUAUGACUGAUACGGUGCAAUUGCCUGCGAAUACAUUUGUGGCGUUGGCGGCGGAUCCGGAUGCAAAAUAUAUGAGUGGGAAAUACAUCGACUCAACACAGGACUUGGGAAUGGUUUUGGAAGAAGCUAGGAAGGGCUCAGAGAGCAGGAUAGAAAGAGAAGGCUUGUAUAUCUUGAAGGUCGACACGCUAUAA